CGGACUGUCCCACUUCUCUACUACUGCGAAGUUCAAGUCUGUCUCAGGGGAACAAGGUGUUUUCCACGCAUUCAAAACACCCCACUGACAGCAGCAGCUCUGACUGAAGCUAGUUCCGUGGGCCCCCCCCCCGCGCGCCGCCUCCGUCCGCGUGCUUACAGUUGAGCCUCACCUGUUGACGCCGACAGCAGCUCAAUAACAACAGCUCCACAAACACACUCAGAUGGAAGUUUAUUCUCCUGGAAGGGCACUGAAUCCAGUCAGGUGGAGAUAAAAGCAACAAGAGCAGGGUGACACCGGCUCCGGGUUCACAGGAGACUCUCCGUGGACUUGUGUGAUAACUUGUCAGAGAGUGAAAGCGCGUUCAAAGUUAGAUAGCUAAAGUGACUUUUAGCUAGUUUUGGUGUCCGUGUUUCCUUCACCGUCCGCCGGCUUUUGCUAGUAUGUUAUGAACCGGAGGAGCUGCAGCUAUCUGGACCACGAUUUUCAGAAAUGCCACAACAUAACAUGGAGAGCUCCAGCAGUCAGUGGCAACAGGGGCUGCGGCCGCCAUGGAUCUCCAGAGUGGCAGGAGGUCACAGCCCGGCCUCCUCGGGGGCGGAGUCAGACACUGAGAGCAGCAGUACAGAGAGUGAGAGGUCCUGUAUUAAAAAGCUGGAGGGUGGCUCUCUGAGGGCUAUGGCAUCUCCCUCGAAGCUCCAACAACAAAUCGCAGAGCUCGACCAGCAGAAGGAGGAGCUAAAGAUUGAGCUGCAGCUGGAGAUCGCCUUGCUGCAGGGCGAGCUACAAACUGAGAAGAAGCAGCUGCACAGACACACACAGAAGCUUCAGGUUCUACAGCAGGAGGCCAGGCAAAAAGAGACGCAAAGACGCUCUGACAGACAAAAGGAACGAGAAAGUCUGGAAGAGGAGAGACGUAGGGUUGAGGAGCUGAGGAGGGCCUGUGAGGAGAAGGAAAAACUGAUCCCCAGUCAGCCAGAGAGCCAGAGAGAACAGCUAACGAUACAGCUACAACAGGAGAAGGAGGUGAUGGAAGCGGCUCUCCGGACCUUUGAGGACUGGGAGUUCAGGGUCCUGGAGCAGGAGAGUGGGAUCGAGGAGGAGGACUAUGCCACGGCCGACAAGGAGAAGGAGAGUCAGAGCGACAGAGAGACGGAGAAGGAAAUCUCAUGUCAGCAGCACAUGGUCAAUGCUGCACAGGAGCGUGUUCAGCAGUUGGAGAAACAGCUGAUGGAGAUGGAGAGGGAGAAGGAGAAGGAGCUCAAUGCUUUGAGGAAAGAGAAGAGGGAACUCCUGCACACAUCUCAAAAGGUUCUCAAGGAGAAGAAGCUGCUCACCGAUUGGUCGAACAUCACCGGCUCAGCCCCGUGCAUGAUGUCACUCUCUCCCCUGUCUGUUCACAAGCCUCCUCAGGAUCCCUGUAAAGAAUCGACCAGUUUGCCCAGAAGAAGGAGCUCGCACCGCAACAACAAACUCAAUGACAGACCAGUCUCAGUGCAGGGUUUGGUGAGGACAGUUCCAGACAACCAGACCCCAGAGGUUUUCAUAUCCCCCCUCCCUUCCCACAGACUCAGUAACGGACACAGCAGCGCACACAGACCUGGGACCAGCAAUGGCGGUGGGCUCCUCACUCCCUGCAACAGCACAAAUAGCUCUCGUGCUGCCAGUCCAUGCUUGUUAGAUCUUGUUGAAAUCGAGAGGAAACUGCGGGAAGCCAAGGCGGAGAGGGAGCGGCUGCUCAGAGAGAGGGAAGAGCGACGGCAGCUAUUAUUGGAAGAGAGAAGGCAGAGAGAGUUAAACUCUGUGAAAAUAGAAGCACCUGAGCCAGAAAACCCUGAAAUGUCUGAGCCAGUAGAGCAAACAACAGCCAGUCCUGUCCCAAACUCCCCAGAGCUCCAGCAGCGGCAGCGUAGCCUUCCACUCUUCCUCUCUCCAAACUUUGAUCUCCGGGCCCACGUGGAGUCGCUGGGUCACGGGGUCGCCGGCUGCAUCGACCUACGCUUGACAUCUCGGCGCUGUGCGGGCUUCCUCACUAAACGAGGGGGGAGGGUCAAGACCUGGAAGAAGAGAUGGUUCCUGUUCGACAUGGACCACAGGCGGUUAGCCUACUAUACAGAUUGUGAUGAGAGGAAGUUAAAGGGAGUCAUCUACUUUCAGGCCAUAGAGGAAGUUUAUUAUGACCAUCUACGAACAGCCACUUCUUCUCCACGGCCCAGUUUGACGUUUUGUGUGAAGACAUAUGACAGACUGUUCUUCCUGGUGGCAAAUAAUGCUGUAUCCAUGAGGAUUUGGAUGGACGUUAUCGUCACGGCAACAGACGAACACUGCCGUUAUUGACCUCUCACAAGUGACUGCUACACCUGGGAGUGAACAUACCGAACAGGACACGCAUUCAGUGCCUGCGUUCGAGGCUGGUUCGCUGAAAUCAAGGACGGGGGCUCGGUGACCUGUGAAUCUACCGUGUGGAUGAGUGGGUGGGUGGGUCCAGGCGCUGAACAGGUGUGAUGGGACCCAGCAGCCAAAGGCUUUUACAGAACAGUGAAGCCUCAGUGGUUGCAGAGGAUCAGCACUGAACCAGAAGCAGCUUCACAGAUCAACCUGGGUCAGCCUGGUCUGGGACUGAGAGUUGUAUCCUGAGUGUGAGCUCCCCCUACUGCCUGAAGUCCAGCACUGCAAGACUGGUGAACACAACGACACACUACAUGGAUGAGCAACUGCAUCUGUGUCAUACAGGGCAUCCAGAAAGACUCUUUACAAUUUAACACAUUUAAUACAAAAGCAAAUGAAUAGACACAUCUGUGGAAAUUAUUACAGAAUGAAAAGUAGAUGUUGAAGUUUUUUUUGCCUCAUUUAACCCAUAAAGACCCAA